AUGGAAAUGGAAAUGAGAAUCGCCAAAUGCACAAGUUGGUGGAGCGAGUUCUUGAAACUUAAGCCAUCAAAGUUCGACGGGAAAGGUGAUCCCGAGGCCGCUCACUGGGUUGAGGAAUUGGAAAAGGCCUUUGCACUUAAAGGGUGCACGGAGGAGGAAAAGGUGACUUUGGGCGUGUAUCAACUUCAAGAUAAUGCUAAUGAUUGGUGGAAGGCCACUCGAGAAAGAAUUUUCCCAGUGGGCACUGUGCCGAAUUGGACCGGCUUCGUCGAUGCCUUUAAUGGAAAGUACUUUUCUGAGAGUGCUCAAGAACAGAAGAUGGCAGAAUUCUUACGGCUUCGCCAGAAUCAAAUGAUGGUGGAUCAGUAUGAGGCGGAAUUUGCUAGGUUAUCGAAGUUUGCACCGAGGAUGGUCGAGAAUCCUUUGGAUAAGGCAAGAAGGUUUCGAGAUGGUUUAAAGCCGGAACUUCGCACCGAUCGAUACCCCCGAACCUUAGGGAUUACAACGAGCUUUAUGAGCGGGCUCAGAUGA